AAACCCUCUAAAACCCUAGCAGCACUCUUAUAAAAACACACCCACAGGCGCAGCUUCAACCCCACGACGCCAUUUCCUCUCUCUGACAACUUCUCUCGCUAUUCGCAGUCUCUUUACUCCAAAGCAAAGAUGAGACCUCCUCUAACUGGUGGACGUGGUGGUGGUGGGUUCAGUGGUGGACGUGGUGGCGGUGGAUUCAGUGGUGGACGAGGAGGUAGCUCUGGAGGUAGAGGUAGGGGAGGAGGAGGAAGAGGUUUUGGAGACCGUGGUGGACGUGGCGGCGGUAGAGGAAUGAGCAGAGGCAGAGGAGGACCCGGACGUGGCAGAGGAGCACCCGGAGGACGUGGAGGUAUGAAGGGAGGCAGCAAAGUGAUUGUGGAGCCACACAGACACGCGGGAGUGUUCAUUGCCAAGGGUAAAGAAGAUGCCCUUGUCACUAGGAACUUGGUUCCUGGUGAAGCUGUUUACAACGAGAAGAGGAUCUCUGUUCAGAAUGAAGAUGGAACCAAGAUUGAAUACAGAGUGUGGAAUCCUUUCCGUUCUAAGCUUGCGGCUGCUAUUCUUGGUGGUGUUGAUAACAUUUGGAUUAAACCUGGUGCUAAAGUUCUUUACCUUGGUGCUGCUUCUGGAACCACAGUCUCUCAUGUGUCUGAUCUUGUUGGACCCGAGGGAUGUGUCUACGCAGUUGAGUUUUCUCACAGAAGUGGGAGAGAUUUGGUGAACAUGGCGAAGAAGAGGACUAACGUUAUCCCAAUCAUUGAAGAUGCUAGACACCCUGCUAAGUACAGAAUGCUUGUAGGCAUGGUUGAUGUUAUCUUCUCUGAUGUUGCUCAGCCUGAUCAGGCUAGGAUUGUGGCUUUGAAUGCAAGCUUCUUCCUCAAAACUGGAGGUCACUUUGUGAUCUCAAUCAAGGCAAACUGUAUCGACUCAACAGUUCCAGCUGAAGCUGUGUUUCAGAGCGAAGUGAAGAAGCUCCAACAAGAGCAGUUCAAGCCGGCAGAGCAAGUGACGCUUGAGCCAUUUGAGCGUGACCAUGCUUGUGUCGUUGGUUCCUACCGUGCCCCUAAGAAGGCCAAGGCUGCUACUGCCGCUUAGAAACUCCUUUGUGUUUGGAGUUUGUUUGUUUUUCAGUUUCUGCUUCUGUCAUGUUUCUCUUUUAGAAUCUGUAGUGUUUUAGAAUCUGUUAAACCAGACUUGGAACUCAUCAGUUGUUAAAUCAGAUUUUGCUUGUUGAGAAAGUUUUAAUAGUAGUUGGUCUCAUUUAUGGCA